AUGACUGCGCAAGGACCAUCAUCAGCCCUUGAGAUGUUGCAAUCACUGCAUCAUCAGCUCCCUAAUUGCUCACCUCCGACAUUCAGCAUGGUAUUUCACUUCAUUACACUUGCAUCAGGACUCAAGGAUUACAUCAUACUCGUGCAAGCUACUUCUCAUCACCCUGAUAGUACCCCUCUAGUUCUCUCUCCUGUGAUCAAACUUUUCCUGGCUGGCAGCUGCAAUAUUUCGGAGAGUGAUGUGGAUAUAUAUUGGAAGGUUCUUAGGAACAUUGUGUGGCAUGGCAAUGAAGGCUCUGUCCUCAAGAAGGCAGAACAACAACAAGUCAUUAUCUACACACUAGAUAAUGGGCCUAUUGCGACAUAUUCUGUCCACCUCUAUUGUGCCAACUGCAAUACAAACUACCACCACGGCUUUAGUGUCAAGGCAGUGGGUGGACAUCAAUUUGUGGAGACAAAGGUUGUUCAUCUGUGGUGCACAAUGAUGCUUGUCUCAUGCUUUCCAUGGAACUUCAAGCUUGCUGGGGAUCAUGUCUGGCAUGGGUUUGUACAACUCACCCUGAUCGAGGAUGCCAUGGAGCACCAUGCAGUCUUGUUAGUACCCCAAGAUGGAGACCAGAAGGCCCGCUUCAUGGACACCAUCAUUAACUGCAACAAUCACAUCCGAACUUACAGCCAAGAAGAGCUUCGACACUACUGCAACAAACGCACCCACUUCUUUAGGGACGAUGCAGGAGCAGUCAUAAGCAAUUUUUCUGUUGUUGUUAUUGAUGGGGUCACUGUUGGCCAUCUGUGCUGCGCUAUCCAUAACUGCCAUGUGCCCCUUAACAACAACAACCAUCACUUUUGCCUGACUCAUACACUCACCCAUGGCCACAAAUGUGCUAUUGUUGGCUGUAGCAAUGACAUCCUCAUCAAGAGCAAGGUUUUCCACCUUGCAGAGUACAAAGCGGUCAAGAACAUGCACCAAAUUUGGGGGCAAAGCCAUUUCCAACUUCAGCAGCGUCUUCAGCAUUCCCAACUCGCAAAUCCCACAGAUUCCAUUGCACAGGAUGUGCCAUUGGAUGAACUCAUCGAUGAUGCCCCACUUGAGGAAGAUUUCACACUUGCUGUAGAUGCUGAUGGGACUGUGCAAGCUGCCACAGCGCAGGACAGUACUGCUGCCAGUGGUAGAAAACUCCGUGCACAAUUUGGGCGCUAG